AUGGCUGUCCUUAAAGUGAAAUUCACCAAAACAAAGAGGGACAAGUUGGCUCAAAUAUUAUGGAUCCUCAACUGGAUUUCAGUGGUGUCUGGUGCAAUUUUGUUCAGCUUGGGACUCUUUUUGAAAAUAGAAAUCAGAAAGCGUAGCGAAAUGAUGGCCAAAGGAGAUAUUAACUCAGUCCCCAACAUGCUCAUCUCGGUUGGGGUUGUAGCCUGUAUCAUCAACUUUCUUGGAGGCAAAAUCUGCUACGACUGCACAGACAUGAAUAAAUAUAACCGAUGGAAACUGGUUAUGCUCCCAUACAUUGUAUGCACAUUUUGUUUCACCUUCUGCAUCUUAGUGGGUGCUGUUAUGUGUUACACCAUGAGAAAUGAGCUGGAGGAGUCACUGUAUCUGGGGUUGAGAGAUGCUAUUAAAUUCUACAAGGACACAGAUAUCCCUGGAAGAUGCUUUAUGAAGAAAACAAUAGAUGCAUUGCAGAUCAAGUUCCAGUGCUGUGGAAACAAUGGUUUCAGAGAUUGGUUUGAAAUUCAGUGGAUAUCUGUUCGCUAUUUGGAUAUGGCUUCAAAGGAUGUUCUAGAUCGCCUAAAGAGCAACGUUGACGGGAAGUUCCUGGUGGAUGGCGUCCCCUUCAGCUGUUGCAAUCCCAGCUCACCCAGACCCUGUAUCCAGUACCAACUCACAAACAAUUCUGCUCACUACAACUAUGACUUCCUGACAGAAGAGCUUAAUAUCUGGAUGAAAGGAUGCAGGGAGGUCCUCCUGGAUUAUUACACUGAUAUCAUGAGAUCCAUUGGCAUCACCGUACUCAUCAUCUGGUUGUUUGAGGUCUCUGUGCUUACUGGGGUCCGUUACCUUCAAACGGCAAUGAGGAACGUCCUUCUCCUGGGCGAUCCGCAGUCUGACUCAGAUGGCUGGUUACUUGAGAACAGCUUUGUAGAAACUGCCAAGUAUAACUUCAAUAUCAUAAAAAACCUUGGGAAAGCUAAUCAGAUAUCUACAGUUUCAGGAAUGAAUGAUCCUAAUAUGGAUGUGCAAACGGUAAACCAUGGUCCAGAGAAUGUUCCAACAAAAUGCAUCCCUACAGCUUAA